UCGGUUGUACAAAAUAAUUUGAAGUACAUUAUAUAACGCUACUGAAGCUCUGAUUAAAAUCCGAGUUUUUCAAAUAGUGAAGAAAAGUUCAACCAAGAUGGGACUUACUGGCUGUGGAAAGUUUGGAAAAGGAUUUCUUAUUGUCAUUAACAUAAUCUUCUUUAUCCUAGGAUUGGGUUUGUUGAUCGGUGGUAUUCUGAUGAAGGUCAAUGUAUCUGCCAUAAAUGACGAAGUGAAACCUGCACUAAAUGGAAUAACUGUGUCCAGUUUUAAACUAGGAGACCUUGUUGACAACCUGUCCAUCCUUUUCAUUGUAAUGGGGGUCUUUGUUCUUCUUGUCGCUGGUCUCGGAUUAUUUGGAGCCUGUUGUGAGGUCAAAUGCAUGCUGGUGGUUUACGCCAUUUUAGUUCUGGUGCUUUUUAUCAUUAAAGUAACAGCAGUUGCCCUUUGGUUUACGAUGAAGGGUGAGGUAGAUAAGACUGUUAAGUUUAGCUUGCUGAAAUCCCUUAAAGAUAAUUACAAGACCGACCUGAUUAACAGCUCCAGCGUUGUGUCUAAUGCCUGGAAUUACAUGUUUAUGUCCUUAGAUUGUUGUGGUGUGAACAACUCGAGUGAUUUUCUUGGUUUCUCAUGGACUCAUCCAGGUUCAUCGACUUCAACACCAAGAACAUGUUGCAAAAAUGUAGAUUCUACAAAUUAUUUACGACCUGCAUGUUCCUCAGGCUAUAAUGAUAAGGGAUGCUACGAUGCUAUAAAAGAUGACAUUUCAACUUAUGGAAAUGUGUUUGCAGGAGUUGGAAUAACAGUUCUUUUCAUUGAGCUACUGGCUGUCAUCUUUGCUUUUAUGAUUUGCUGUCAAACCGGAAAGGAAAGUGCCAUUUAAUGAUAUUGUCUUGAAAUAGACAUAUUUUAACAAAUGACAAUCUGUGAUUACCACAUAUCAUUAACGUACAGAUAGGCAUAGAUUAUUGGAUCUGUAAUAUAAAAUCAAUGAAGUGUUUUUAUGUGAAAUAGUAUCCCAAAUAAAAAAAAAAAUUUCUUAUUUUAAAAUAAAAACAAAUAAUUAUGAUUGCAAUGACUUUUAAAAUUCUACUUUUGUUAUUUAUGAAAAUAAAUUCCUCAUCGAUUUAUAAAACAUUUUAUAUUAUU